AUGUCGCCUGCAGCCGUCAUGAGUGGUCUACCCCGGGUGUUGCUACUUUCCCCGCCCUCCCUCUCAUCAAACCCUGACAAGCUAGCCGAGUUUAUCAAUCAAUAUGAUAAAAACGCCAGAGACUUGCAAAUGCUAGACCGCCUCGCCGCUGGCCUUGUAUCUCUCCCAGAGUCUACCUACAGUCUAGUUUUGCUGCUCACAGGCAUCGAUGGAACAAAUGGGGAAGGCGAGCGAUUGGUGGGACGAGACACACUACAGCAGAUCUCUCAAGCACUACAACCAGGCGGAGUAAUGAAAUAUCAAGAUGGAUCUACUACCGCCAUUAAUGAACCAACUCGUACUGAAGCUAUAUUAUGCGGAUUAAUGGUUAAUGAUAAGGGGGAGCUAAUGAAACCUGCAUUUGAAGAACAAUCGGUUUCAUUGCCAUUUUCGUUAAACAACAGCCAGAAACCCAAGAAAGAUACCAACCUAAAUAAGAAUGAACAGCAGCCAGCAGUACUCCAAAACAACAUAGUGAUAUUGGAUAACAACACGAAUUAUGUUUUUAAUACCCCAGACGGCGAUGAGGAUGAAGAAUUAAUUGAUGAGGAUGAUUUAAUCGAUGAGAAUGAGCUUGAAAGACCUAUCAUACAACCCCCAGAGUGUAGGCCUAAAGCUGGCAAACGCAGGAGGGCGUGUAAGGAUUGUACCUGUGGGCUAGCUCAGAAACUCCAAGCAGAAGAUAAGCUUCAGCGUGCAAACGCAGACGAGAAGCUAUCUGCGUUAAAAUUGAACUCUGGAGAAAUAGCAGAAGUAGAUUUUACAGUUCAAGGGAAAACUGGGAGUUGCGGAAACUGCUCUUUAGGAGACGCUUUCCGUUGCGACGGUUGUCCGUACAUUGGCCUACCACCGUUCAAACCAGGUGAAGAGGUAAAACUAUUUGAUAAUGAUGUGCAAUUGUAG